AUGAUUCCACCAGCGGAUUCUCUUCUGAAAUACGACAAUCCAGUUCUGAUCAAGAGUACAGAUCCAGUGUCACCAAAGGCACGACCUUUGAGAGUGAGCCCUCAACAGCUGGUUGACUCGGGACCUGUUCCACCUCCCCCCAAACCAAAAUCCCCCUCCGCUGAGGCCACCAGGCAGCAAAAUGAGGAGAUCUUGAAUGUCAUCCUUCCACCCAGGGAAUGGACAGAGGGAAACCAACUGUGGAUGCAGCAAGUGUCGAGUGCACCUUGCACAAGAGCGGAUGUUAUCAACCUGGAAGAAGAACUUGAUAAAAAGAUCCAGCAGAGACAGGCCAGAGUGACCGGCGUCUGCCCCAUCCGCAGGGAGCUGUACUCCCAGUGUUUCGAUGAACUAAUCAGACAGGUGACAAUCAACUGUGCCGAGCGGGGUCUGCUGCUGCUGAGGGUCAGAGACGAAACCCAAAUGACCAUCGCAGCCUAUAGGACACUGUAUGAGAGCAGUGUGGCUUUUGGCCUGAGAAAAGCACUGCAGGCCGAGGAAGGAAAAACCGAGACAGAAAAACAAAUUCUAGACCUGGAGAGUGAGGUCCGAGACCUAAAGAAGCAGCUGAAUGAACAGAAAGCCAAAACUGAAAGUAUUGAAAAGAGAGAAGCUGAAAAGCGCCUGCUGGAAGAAAAGAAGCAUCUCGAGGCCAUUCAUCUCCUGAAAAGAACCAAUGAGCAGCUUAAGACCCAGCUGGAAGGGAUAGUCACACCAAAGUAA